AUGUAUACCCUGGAUUACCAACCCAUAACAGAUGACCAGGUAGCAUUAGGCCCCCCUAAUACCAUUUUGUGUUCAAAGGGAUUUUGGAUUUACACUAAAACGGGUGGUGUUUUAGAGGUGUAUCCUGGAGUAAAUACCAUCAUUAAAAAGGGAGACUUGAUUGCUCGUAUAAAGAACAUCUUUGGUAAUGUGGUCGAUGAAUAUUAUGCACCAUGUAGUGGCAUAGUUAUUGGUCGUAGCUCAAAUCCUGUGGCAAUGUCAGGCGAUCGUAUCAUCCACUUGGGUGUUAUUAAAAAGAAGAGCGAGAGUCUGCCCAAGGAAGCCAAAGAGAAUUAUUGA